UUCACAUCAGAUUGUGGAAGCGCGCAAAAUGGAAUUUGUUUAUGUUUGAGCUCCAUCCUAGAUCAAAUCGAAUUAUAAACUUUAGAAAUAUUUUUGUAAAAGUAUAUGUAGUAUUGCAGUUUAAAUAUAAUUAUCGUGAUUAAACAUGUAUUCCACUAUAUCCGUUUCAAAGGGAGUCUUCGUGUUCAAAAACGGUGCAACGAAAGCCAAAACCCAUCGCCAACCGCAGAAAUGCCGUAGCCUGCUGGACCGUUCCGCCACCGAUGCUCUAUGGUACCGAAGCUAUCGAAAAAUGUGGACCAGGAUUCGCGAUCAGCUGGACAAGCUCCAAUCGUGCAGCUAUGGGAAAAUUUUGGACGACUUGCUUAAGUUCGUCGAAGGAUGCUAUCGAAGCUUGGAGUACGACGGGGUUCUGCCGACGGCGGCCCUACUCACCGGGAUCAAUCAAAUCGACCACAUGGCCCAGUUUGAAACGUUGGCCGGAAACAUCCGGAACAAUACGAUGUCCUUGGUGGUGCAGCUCCAGUCUCGGGACUGUCCCAGUAUGAAGGCUGCCGUGGAGACACUGGUGUCUGGGUUUGUGGAAGAGGAACAGCAGGACGGGGACAGUCGUAGACUGAGGAAGAAUCAGCUGAAUUUGGGUGUGCUGCGAGCGUGGUACCUGGAGAAACAUGGGCAGUCGGAUCAGAGGCCGAAUUUGACGGUAAUUGUGCCGGAUUUUGAGGUGUUCAGUCCGGACGUGCUGCAGGACUUGCUACUGGUGAUGAAUUCCUAUGCCGCGGAACUACCGUUCGUGCUGAUAUUCGGUGUAGCCACCUCGGUGGCCACGAUUCACAGUGUACUACCGUACCACGUGACCAGCAAGAUCAAGCUCAGCAUAUUCCAGUCGGAACCGUCCGUGGCCAAUCUGAACAAGGUGUUGGAAAAUGUCUUCCUGACGCCGUACUGUCCGUUUCAUUUGUCCGGCAACAUGUUCAAACUGUUGACGGACAUAUUCUUGUUUUACGAUUUCUCAGCGAAAGGAUUUGUGGAGGGAUUCAAGUACGCCCUUAUGGAGCACUUCGGUCGGGGUUCAAUCUACGCCCUAUGUAGUUCAACUAAUGAUCGCGAAGAACUGGAGGAAAUCGUGGAUCAACUCAGUGCAGCCGAUAUGGAGGCCAUAAGGCAACUGUCUUCAUUUCGGCCUCUUAUCGAAUCGUUGGACAAUCCCCAGGAAGUCAUAGAUUUCCUCACCAAUGAUGACUACCUCCGGCGCAUGUUGCCAUCGAUCGUGCUCGAUGUGCACAACUUCUGGUUUAAUUUUCAUUGCACGCUGGAUAUGUUGCUGGCUUUGGUACAAGAUUUACCUAAAGUACCGCUGGGAAAGCAGCUGAGAGAGCUCUAUUCACACUGUAUAUCGACGGAUGUCACUCAAACGGAUGAAUUCCGACAGUGCCUGCAAAUGGUUUCGCUCAUGUCCAAAGAGGAAAUUCUUACCAAAACGACGAGAAUGAUGGAAAUAGGUAUUAAAUAUGUGCACGGAAGCGACGAAGCUUCCGAUCGUGGUGUAACCAUAUUCGAAGUGGAAACGCUGGAAAAGAUCGUUCAGGAUUUGCAACGGUUAUCGAAUGAAAUUGCCUCUGCUGGGAUGGAGCGUGUCGCGAUAGUUCCAGCGGAAGCACCCGUCGGAAACUUGAUCGCAUCGCCCAAGAUGAGUCGCCAAGAGUUGCAGCAGAAGCUUCUGAACGCUGCCCGUCAACCUAAAGUGGAAUCUCCGUUUGCGCGAUCAGUGGGUAAUUUGGUGUCCUACCUGACCAACGACGUUUUCCGGAAGCACCUUCGGCCGUUCAAUCGGAACAUUCCGUUGAUCGAGCUGUUCGUGUACGGUGAAUCGGCUACGAUUCGGCGACACAUGGUCGGCGUUCCACGUGCUGCGGUUCACACGGCCCUGAACAAUCCACAGUACUACCUGCAGUGCGAAUGUUGCGAAUUAGGUGAGCACUGCAGUUUGGUUCCCACCCUGCCGGACCUUUCGGUGGCCUACAAGUUGCAUCUGGAAAGCGGCCGGAUGAUUAAUCUGUUCGACUGGCUGCAGGCAUUCCGGACGGUGGUGGACGAGUGCGGUGAACCCGAUGACGAUCAGGACCAACAGGUUGAUCCAAAGAUUCAAGCACGCUUUACAAGGGCAGUGGCCGAAUUGCAGUUUCUUGGCUUCAUCAAAUCUUCGAAGCGAAAAACGGACCAUGUCGCUCGGUUAACUUGGUAACUUGUAUGUAUGUAAUGUUUUCCAGUAUUUGUGUGGUAAUCAAUAAAGUUUUGUAAUCUUUUUACACAUAAA